AUGGUUAACUUCACUAUUGAUCAAAUCCGUGCCCUCAUGGACAAGGUUACCAAUGUCCGUAACAUGUCUGUCAUUGCCCACGUCGAUCACGGCAAGUCUACCCUGACCGACUCCCUUGUUCAGCGUGCUGGUAUUAUUUCCGCCGCCAAGGCUGGUGAGGCUCGUUUCACUGAUACGAGAAAGGACGAGCAGGAACGUGGUAUCACUAUCAAGUCCACUGCCAUCUCUCUUUACGCUGAGAUGAACGAGGAGGAGAUUAAGGAAGUUAAGCAAAAGACUCAAGGCAACCAGUUCUUGAUUAACCUCAUUGACUCCCCCGGUCACGUUGACUUCUCUUCUGAGGUCACUGCCGCUCUCCGUGUCACUGACGGUGCUCUUGUCGUUGUCGACACCAUUGACGGUGUCUGUGUUCAAACCGAGACUGUCUUGAGACAGGCUCUUGGUGAGAGAAUUAAGCCCGUUGUUGUCAUCAACAAGGUCGACCGUGCUCUUCUCGAGCUCCAGGUCACCCAGGAGGAUCUUUACCAGACCUUUGCCAGAACCAUUGAGAGUGUUAACGUCGUCAUUGCCACCUACUGCGACGACUCUCUUGGUGAUGUCCAGGUUUUCCCCCAGAAGGGUACCGUGGCUUUCGCCUCUGCCCUCCACGGUUGGGCUUUCACCAUCCGUCAGUUCGCUAUCAGAUAUGCCAAGAAGUUUGGUGUUGACCGUGAAAAGAUGAUGAACAGACUUUGGGGUGACAACUUUUUCAACCCUAAGACUAAGAAGUGGACCACCAAGGACACUGUUGAUGGCAAGAAGCUUGACCGUGCUUUCAACACCUUCAUUCUUGACCCCAUUUACAAGAUUUUUGCUGCUGUCAUGAACUUCAAGAAGGAUGAGGUUGAGGCUCUUUGCAAGAAGCUCGACAUUGUUCUUAAGAGCGAAGAGAAGGAGCUUGAGGGUAAGGCUCUUCUCAAGGUUGUCAUGAGAAAGUUCCUUCCCGCUGCUGACGCUCUCCUUGAGAUGAUUGUCAUCCACCUUCCUUCCCCCGUCACUGCUCAGGCUUACCGUGCCGAGCUCCUUUACGAAGGUCCUUCUGAUGAUGCCGCUGCUCUUUCCAUCAAGGCUUGCGACCCCAACGCUGACCUCAUGCUUUACGUUUCCAAGAUGGUUCCUACCUCUGAUAAGGGUCGUUUCUACGCUUUUGGCCGUGUCUUUGCUGGUACCGUCCGCUCCGGUCUUAAGGUCCGCAUCCAGGGUCCUAACUACGUUCCUGGCAAGAAGGAUGACCUUUUCAUCAAGGCUAUCCAGCGUACUGUUCUUAUGAUGGGACGUUUCGUCGAGCCCAUUGAUGACUGCCCUGCUGGUAACAUUGUUGGUCUUGUCGGUAUUGACCAGUUCUUGCUCAAGUCUGGUACUCUUACCACCAACGAGAACGCCCACAACCUUAAGGUUAUGAAGUUCUCCGUUUCCCCCGUCGUCCAGGUUGCCGUUGAGGUUAAGAACGCUGCUGACUUGCCCAAGCUUGUCGAGGGUCUUAAGCGUCUUUCCAAGUCCGACCCCUGCGUUCUUACCACCAUGUCUCCUUCCGGUGAGCACAUUGUUGCUUGCUCUGGUGAACUCCAUCUUGAGAUUUGCUUGAAGGAUCUCGAGGAGGACCACGCCGGUGUUCCCAUCAGAGUUUCUGAGCCCGUUGUCUCUUACCGUGAGACCGUCUCUGAAGAGUCCUCCAUUGAGGCUCUUUCCAAGUCCCCCAACAAGCACAACCGUAUCUACACCAAGGCUCUCCCCAUGGAGGAAGAACUCUCCUUGGCUAUUGAGAGCGGUGAGGUUAACCCCCGUGACGAUUUCAAGGCUCGUGCCCGUGUUCUUGCUGAUAAGUUCAGCUGGGACGUUGCUGAUGCCAGAAGAAUUUGGUGUUUCGGUCCUGAUGGCACUGGUGCUAACUUGGUUGUUGACCAGACCAAGGCCGUCCAGUACCUGCACGAAAUUAAGGACUCUGUCGUUGCUGCCUUCCAGUGGGCUACCAAGGAGGGUCCCAUGCUCGGUGAGAACAUGCGUUCCGUCAGAAUUAACAUUCUUGAUGUUACUCUCCACCCCGAUGCUAUCCACAGAGGUGGCGGUCAGAUCAUCCCUACCAUGAGACGUUCUACUUACGCUGCUUUCCUCCUCGCCCAGCCCCGUAUCCAGGAACCCGUUUUCCUUGUCGAGAUCACCUGUCCUCAGGAUGCUUGCGGUGGUGUCUACUCCACCCUUAACACCAGAAGAGGUAUUGUCUUCAACGAGGAGCCCCGUGCUGGUACUCCUCUUGUUGUCAUCAAGGCUUACCUUCCUGUCAAUGAGUCUUUCGGUUUCACUACUGAUCUCCGUGCCCAGACUGGUGGUCAGGCCUUCCCCCAGAUGGUCUUCGACCACUGGGAGGCUAGAGCUGAGGACCCCUUGGAGGCUGGUUCCAAGACCAACGAGAUUGUCAAGAAGGGCAGACUUAGACGUGGUUAUAAUGAGCAGAUUCCUGACUACACUGAGUACUACGAUAAGCUUUAA